AUGGUAGCCGGGGCCCGUACGGGUUUACCCCUGCUAGCAGGACUUGUUGCAGGGCUUUGCACAUCUUUCCUGCUUUUAUCUCCUGUUGAUGAACCUAUUUCUACUUGCCCACCUCAGCAGGAGAGACAAUUUGUAGAUGUGAGCGAACAUUGGGAAGUUCAUGUGGAGAACAAGCCAAAUGCAACUGUUGCCGCCGUUGCUAAUGAUCAAGUGCAGAAGGUUGUUCGAGCACGUUUUGCAGCAACAGAAUUAGGGAUGCGGGACAGAUUAGUAGUUGCUGUUCUAGCCGAAUCAUCUCUCGCAGUCGCUCUAAAUGCUUCCGUUGGUAAACAUGUUCCAAGAAUUCAUUUGUUUGCCGACAGUGCUCGCAUUGAUAGUGACAUGGCUCAAUUAACUAAUCUGAGUCCUUAUCCUUUAAGUGAUAGCCGUAACAUCGGACAGAAGUCUCAUCAUUUCAUAUUUGGAUUGAUGUUCAAUAUGAGUAUGCAUGAGAACUAUGACUGGUUUUUGUUGGUGAAAGAUUCCACGUAUGUGAAUCCUUUCGAGUUGAAACGUUACGUCGACAGUAUCAAUUGGAACAAACCUGUUCUCAUUGGCCAGCCCGAUGCUGAUGGAAGAUGCAUCCUGGAAUCAGGCGUUCUCCUUAGUAAUCCUGCUCUUCAAUUGAUUAUGAAGAAUCGUCAAGCCUGCAAUGAAAUCACGGCUAGUAUCGACUCCGAUCAGCUCGCAUUCGAAAGGUGUAUGAUGUUCGCCACGAACUUAUCUUGCACCCAAUCAUAUCAGGGCUCUGAUUUUCAUAUCUGGAAGGUUGACGGUCAUGCUGCACACGACAAUAUUAAUAACUGGAAAAAUGAUCCUCUUUUCAACAAGUCGAUCACCGUUACAAAAUUAUUCUCAGAAGCAGAUGCAUCUGCUCUUCAUGACCACUUCAUAAGAGUUGAACUAUCAGAAUUGGAUGAAAACAUUGAUAAUAUGGAGAAGGAAGUCUCUGAACUCAUGAGCGUUACCAAAGAAGGGCCAACAUGGCCAGCUGCUAUUCCAAGUUACAGUAAACCACCCAAUAGAUAUCAGGUUCCUACCUGGGAGUUUUUCACUAUGAGGGACAUUUUCCGUAACGAGCAGAACCAGAACGUCAGGCCUCUUGAAGGUAAACAUUUGGAUGAUGUUAUGGAGGUUGUUCAAGCUGCCAGAAAACAUGCAGAGAAUGAAGAGCUUGAUUUGGAAUUCGUUCAAAUGCGUAAUGGAUACAGACUUUUUGAUUCACAACGUGGAAUGGACUAUAUGAUUGAUUUGGUUUAUAAAAAACCGAAAGGGGAAAUCGUAGAAAGACGGGUUCAUGUCAGUAGAAUGAUUGCUUCAACACAAUUAUUGAAUCAAGUACCCUAUGUGAAAGAAGAUACAGAUAUAACCAUUGUUGUUCCUCUUAACCUCGAAACCGAAGUAUACCCAGCCCGCCGAUUGCUGGCUCAUCAAGCCCGUCUAUGUCUUGCAGCAAUCGAAGAGACUAGGAAAACUCGAGUAGUGAUUGCCGUAUCACAAGAGAUUGAUCCUCGUUCCGUUACAAACAUACGCAAUGACUUAGCUGAACUUAAGAAACGAUGUCAUCGAUCAGCCUUAGAAGCUGACGUAAUUUCUGUUAGAGCAGCUGAGAACUCCAGUCCUGUUAGUGCUGCACUAGACGAGUCCAUUGAUCGUUACGGACCAAACACCAUUUUUGUCGUCUUAUCUCCGCAUGCAGAUAUUCAGAGAGAGUUCUUAGAUAGAGUUCGAAUUAAUACAAUUCGUAAGUAUCAGGUGUUUUUCCCAUUACCCUUUGUCGAAUACCAUCCUACUAUAUCAGGAAUGGAUGUCAAUGAAAAUGAGAUUCCAACAAAUCCUCAAGAAGCAAGAGAUCAAGCACUGAAUAGGCUGCGCGAAGUUGGAUCUUUCAAAAGGAAACGAGCUUUAUUAGUACAAAAGGAUCAUGGUCGUUUUGACAGCCUCGAUUUCACAUGUGCUGCCAUGUACGGCUCGGAUUAUGUCGCGUUGAGGCAUAAACUUUCUGGGAAACGACUCGAUCUGAUUUCCGUUUUUUUGGGUCAGCAAGACAUUCAUGUGCUAAGGGCUGUUGAACCCACUUUAAGAAUUAGAUACUAUCAAAGGUCUUGUGACGCUGAACUAGCUGAAGAAGAUUAUGCCCGGUGCGCAGCAAGCAAACGGGAAAAUGUUGCUGCUAAAGACCAACUUGCCAAGUUGUUAUAUCAGGAGCAAUAA